GCGCAGUGUGUGUGUCAGGAUCGGCGGCGGCAGAGGUGAGGCGGUGGGAGUGCCUGGAUUCUCUCGCGAGGAAGGACGCCAUUAUCGCCCAUCAAAACACCACGAGAACUCGCAAAGCCCACACGGACUCGUCAUCGCUCUGAGUUUGCGUGGGAUAUUAGAAGUCAUCAAUGAUGUCAGGCGAGGAAUUGACGGAAGUGGUUCAGAUAACAGUUGAUGAUUUACAUGUCAACCACCCCGUCCUGUUAGAGAAUCACGAGGUCACAGAGGACGACCUUUCGCCUUCACUGAAACGACAGCGGAUAGAAAUCGACUGCCAGGACCCGUCCAUAAAGUCUUUCCUGUUCUCCAUCAAUCAGACCAUCUGCCUGAGGCUAGACAGCAUCGAGUCCAAGCUGCAGGUUCUGGAGGCCACCUGCAAAUCUCUGGAGGAGAAGCUGGAUAUGAUCAUGAACAAACACCCAAAUCCCAUCCAAGUACCCAUGGUGGCGGGAUCACCGCUCGGAGCCACCCAGACCUGGAACAAAGUGCGAUGUGUUGUUCCUCAGACAACUGUGAUCCUGAAUAAUGAAAGACAGAACUCUGUAGUGGCCAAGCUGCAGAGCCAGGAGGAGUCAGUGAACAAGACAACAGAGAGUCUGGAAAAUAUACUCAAUAGUGCGGUCCCUGGACGAAGACAUAACACCAUCGUGGUGAAGGUACCAGGCCCAGACGAGAGCCACAGUCAUGACGAUAACGACAGUGGAUCAGAAGCCAGCGACACGCUCUCCAACUCGGGACACUCUGGAAACUCCAACAUGGGGAACAACGUUACCCUGAUCACUCUCAACUGUGAAGAGGAUUACCCCAACGGCACGUGGCUGGGUGACGAGAACAACCCCGAGAUGCGAGUGAGAAGUCCAGUCACAGCGGCCGACAUGCUGCACAUCAGCACCAACUGCCGGACAGCAGAGAAGAUGGCCCUUACUCUGCUCGAUUACCUCUUCCACCGCGAGGUGCAGGCCGUCUCUAACCUGUCAGGACAAGGCAAGCACGGCAAGAAGCAGCUGGAUCCGUUAAUGAUCUACGGCAUAAGAUGUCAUCUGUUCCACAAGUUCCGGAUCACAGAGUCCGACUGGUAUCGGAUAAAGCAAAGCAUUGACUCCAAGUGCCGCACAGCUUGGCGCAGGAAGCAGAGGGGGCAAAGCUUAGCGGUAAAAAGCUUCUCGCGCAGAACCCCAACAAACACUUCAUACAACGCAGCCGAUGGUGUACAAAAUACAGUUUCGUCUUCCAGUGACCUGCAGCAAACGCCGCCUCAGGCGCUGCAUUAUGCCCUGGCGAAUGCCCAGCAGGUGCAGAUCCACCAGAUCGGGGAAGAUGGCCAAGUCCAGGUGGGACACCUACACAUUGCACAGGUGCCACAGGGAGAGCAAGUGCAAAUCACUCAAGACAGCGAGGGCAAUCUGCAGAUUCAUCAAGUUCACGUGGGUCAGGACGGACAGGUUCUUCAAGGGGCACAACUCAUCGCCGUCACCUCUGACCCGGCAUCUGGUGUAGUUAAUGGCUCCCCGCUACAAGGUAACGACAUCCAGGUCCAGUACGUCCAGCUUGCACCCGUCACUGAACCAUCGGCAACAGCUCAGGCCGUGGAACCUCUACAGUCCGCUCUUCAGCCGGAGAUGCACAUUGAGCAUGAAUCAAUCCAGAUCCAAUAAUCUUAGCAUGUCAGGAACCUGUGUGUGCCGGCAGUUAUCAGCAUGGAGGGCACAAGAGCUGAACUCGUCUGCCAAUGAAACCCAGUAAGCAGACCUCGACGUGGACAUCUCAGAGGACCAGACUGCAACGGA